UGCUUCAUUAUAAGAAAAAUGAAUCAUUCCACAAAGGUAGCCAUCACUGGUGUUCAGAAAUCAUUUCAUCCAAGGUUGGUAAAAGGCCACAAAAUAUCUUUGUCAAAUACUGAAGAGACAAAGACAGUAUCACUAACUGAUGAAGAUAUUUCAGCUCUAACAAUACAAAGAGCCUGGCUAUCUCAUAUGGACAAGACAAUAUUUCAACUCCUAAAGCACACAAUUUGUGCAGCCGAAUAUUGUGUGACACAUGAAAUACUGAAGAAUGUUUGCCCCUUAGAGGCCAAGCUUGUUAAAGAUCCUAGCAUGACGUGUAAAGUUAGAUUCAGAUUUAGUGGUGAAACAUUUCCACCUUUUAUUGUGUUUAAAAUUUUUCUACAUACUGGAGGCCAUGGUUACAAGUAUUUCAGCGGAAAAAAUAUGUUAAAGCCGUCAAGUAAGGCCUCAACUGAUGCUUUCAAAAUAAUGGGGAGAAAGAAAUUUUAUGAACAAAUUAUGGAAGAUGAACGUCUUUCCCAGAAGUUCAAAAUAACUGAUGAAAUAGAUAUUGUCACCGUGCAAGAUUACAUGAAAUAUUCCAGUCUUCUUGAUAAGACCCCUGCAUCUUCUGGUGGAAGAAAUAACUGUUGGAGAAGAUUAAGCCUCAGAAACAUUCCCAGGACAAUGAUAAUGUAUGACAUAGUUGAUUAUGCAGAGUCUGGAGUAAUCUCAAACCGUCUGAAGAAAGAAAUGAAGUAUCUGUUACAGAGACCGCGAACAGAAGAGAUGCGUCAGAACCAGCUGCGGAUUGUUUCUGAAGUUAGGUACUCAUCGCUGUCAAGUAGCCAACGUUUAUAUCGGCCCUGUCAACCGCAAAGUCUAGUUAAACAUCUGGGUCUCCGGUCCAAGCAAGCGCAAAUGAAAAAUGAAAAAAUGAGAAAAGCUCAUGAGAUGGAGAAAGGAGCAAACACUUCUGUGGGCACUGGACCUCGGGCAGGCAGACCAGAUACCAAGGAACAACGAACGGUUGUCUUCUCCACCCCAUCUUUUGACAUAGUGAAAAUUAAGGAACUCAAGUCAGAUGACAGAUUGGGGAAAAACAAAGAUGAACCGUUUGCGUGGCGUCAAGAAUUGUAUAUUCAUCGUUACCCACCAUUUUAAUGCGCAGCCAAUUGAAAGAAGACCAAGUGAUUGCCUGGUUGGCUUGUGCGACUGUAAAUGAUGAGUAUGAGUACUAAAGACCAGCACAACACAAACUCGGCCUCAGUGUGCUCUCUUAACCAAACGUGCGACAGAGUUUUAAGCCCUUUUUGUAUUACCAUGGGUACAAAUAUUUUUUGCUGGCAGAAUUUUAACCUGAAUAGAUUAUUUUAACUAGAUGCCCUCAAACUAGCCAUACACAGUUUUGUUUGAGAAAUGAUGAGUAUAUUAAUCCCUGGCACUUUUAUUCAAUUUUGAUUUUCCUUCAUUUUUUAAAAGUAUCUGAACAAGCCAUGCAUAGCAUAAAUAUUAGAAUUUGCAGAAUAUAAGGCUGCUCUGGAGUCAGCCUGCAGUGUCUUUUUUUUUUU